CCCCCACCACAUCUAGAGAGAGAAACACACAUUCAGAGAUAAGAGAUAGAAAUACAGGAGAGAGGUUUCUUGAAGUUGCAAGAAAUUUCAAGGGUGUUUUGAAAGGGUGCUCUUUCUCAAAUUAAGAUUCUUGUUGACAAAAGAUUCAAGACCGAAAUUGUGCAAAGGUAAGUCCAUCAUCAGUACAUAUAUAUAGGAGUAUAUGGGAAAAUAGUACUACUAGUACGAGUACUUGCAGUUGUACUGGGGUCUCCAUUGAUGAAAGCAUCAGAGGUCAAAGCCAUGCUUAUUCUGCUGUCAAAGUACCAACAGAACCAAAAUACUCCUACUACUUUUUGUUUUCCCAUUGGGUUUUGAGAAGAGUUUUUAGAGAGAGGGGUUGAAGAAAUCUGAGAGAAAGGAGUUUUUUUAGAGAAAGGAAAACAGGGGGAAAUGGGUUGCUGUUAUUCAAGAAUAGAGAGAGAAGAAAUGGUGUCAAGAUGCAAAGCAAGAAAGCGUUACAUGAAACAGUUUGUCAAGGCUAGACAAUCAUUCUCCGCCUCUCACUCCAUGUACUUGAAAUCCCUCAAAACAACCGGCUCCGCCCUCCUCCAAUUCGCCACCGCCGAAAUCCACCACCACCGCGACGACCACCACCACGCGCCGCCGCUCUUCCCUUCCCCGCCGCCGCUACCCAUCACUCCCCUGCCACCGCCACCUCCUCCUCCAAUGAGCCCCACUUCAUCCACGUGGACAACCACCUCGACCACCGCCUCUACCGCUCUCCCUCCGCCGCCGCCGCCGCCUCCUCCGCCGCCACCGGCGGCGGAGUCGGGGUGGGACUUCUGGGACCCUUUCAUGCCGUCUUCGUCGAGGGCGGUGGCGGAGGAGGAGUGGGAGGCGACGACCGUGACGGUGUCGGAGGCGGCGGUUACGACGAGGGUUGGGGCGGCGAGGGCGGCGCCGUUGUCGGUGGUCAGUGGGUAUUCGAAGGACACGUCGACGACGAGUGAACUUGCGAUGGUGGUUUCGAGUAAGUCGAAAGAUUUGGUUGAGAUCGUCAAGGAGCUGGACGAGUAUUUCCUGAGAGCAGCUGAUGCUGGGGCCCAUCUCUCAUCACUGUUGGAAGUUCCAACUUGUGGUUUUCCUGAUCAAAGAUCACCAGCCAAGGUUAAUGGGUAUGGGAAGAGUUUGAGUCCAUUGCUGUGGACGUCAUGGGGUACAUGUCAAAAACUGGAGGGGUUUGGGGAACUGGGUGGUGGAAGCAAUUUUGGUGGUGGAGAUUUCGUCCGCGGGAGUCACUGUUCUACUGUGGAGAAACUAUAUGCUUGGGAGAAGAAAUUGUAUUUGGAAGUCAAGAAUGCUGAGACUUUAAAAAUGGAGCAUGAGAAAAGGACUGAGCAGCUGAGGAAGCUAGAACUGAAGAGGGCGGACUAUGUGAAGAUAGAGAAAACCAAGAAAGAUGUUGAAAAACUAGAAUCGAGAAUUAUGGUGGCUUCCCAAGGGAUUGAGACUACCACUGUUGAAAUAAUCAAAUUGAGGGAAUCUGAGCUAUACCCACAACUUGUUGACCUUGUUAAAGGAUUGAUGGGCAUGUGGAGAACCCUAUACGAAUGCCACCAAGUCCAGACACACAUAGUAAAGCAGCUCAAAUAUCUCAACACCAUUCCAUCCACCAACCCAACAUCCGAAAUUCACCGCCAAUCCACUCUCCAACUCGAACUAGAACUCCAAAAAUGGCACCUUGCCUUCUGCAAUCUAGUGAAGUCCGAGCGCGACUACAUCCAGUCUCUCUCCGGUUGGCUCCGCCUUAGCCUCUUCCAAUUCAACAAAACCGCCCCAGUCCCCAAAACCCUAGAGGAUUCUGCAAUUUACUCUCUCUGCGAAGAGUGGCACCUUGCGAUGGACCGUUUACCUGACAAAGUGGCGUCUGAAGGGAUAAAGAGCUUCUUAACGGUGAUCCAUGCCAUUGUGGUUCAACAGACGGAAGAGCAGAGGCAGAAGAAGAGGUCGGAAUCAGCGUUUAAAGAGCUUGAGAAGAAGGUGGUUGAACUCAGAUCACUCGAGGCCAAGUAUGGCCAAUACUCGAUGCAUGGAGCCUCUACUAGGACUAAGGACCCGAUUGUGGCGAAACGGGAAAAGGUGGUGUGUUUGAGGGCCAAGGCCGAGGAAGAGAAGGGUAAGCAUGAGAAGGCUGUGAGUGUGACAAGGGCAAUGACGAUGAACAAUCUUCAAAUGGGGCUGCCUCAUGUUUUCGAGGCAGUGACGGGUUUCGCAAACGUUUGUAUCCAUGUGUUUGAGUCAGUAUGCAACGAGGCCAAAAAUACUCACGGAAUGCAUGACGAUUACGUGCCGACUGUUUUCGACAAUUUCAGUGCUAAUGUCGUUGUCAACGGGGCUACUGUCAACCUCGGGUUGUGGGAUACUGCUGGACAGGAGGAUUACAAUAGAUUAAGACCUUUGAGUUAUCGUGGGGCAGAUGUUUUCAUCCUAGCAUUCUCUCUCAUUAGCAAGGCCAGCUAUGAAAACGUUUCCAAAAAGUGGAUUCCUGAGUUGAAGCAUUAUGCCCCUGGUGUCCCUAUAGUUCUUGUUGGCACAAAACUUGAUCUUCGGGAUGACAAGCAAUUCUUCAUAGACCAUCCUGGCGCAGUGCCAAUUUCAACCGCACAGGGCGAGGAGCUAAGGAAGCUGAUAGGGGCACCUUCUUACAUUGAGUGUAGUUCAAAAACACAGCUGAAUGUGAAGUCCGUUUUUGACGCAGCCAUCAAAGUCGUGCUCCAGCCACCCAAGCAGAAGAAAAAGAAGAGUAAAGCACAAAAGGCCUGCUCCAUAUUGUGAACAAUAUAACAGGACAGAAGAGAUGAUCACCCUCCCAUCCAUUCCAUUUAAUCCCCUUUGUAUCCUCUUGUUGACCCCUUUUGUCCAAUGCUAUGGACCGGGGAUCGAUCUCCUUCAGCUGUGGGGGUGGAAGCAGUAUUUUGUGCUAUUGUGUUCUGUAUUUCUAGAGCCACAUUAUGUUUGAUUCACUUCAUUUUUCUCCCCACCCGGUUUUGAUUUGUUCUCUUUAUUGGUAGUGAGGAAAAUCGAAGUUGUGAUAACGAGUUUGUCUUUGCCAUUUCCAAUGAUGCAUUUCUAUUUGUUGCA